AGUCAGCGCUCAGGGCCACGCUGCCAUCAUGCCGUGUACCUGUGCACAGUGGAGGCGGUGGAUCCGCCCACUGGUUCUGGUUCUCUACGCUCUUCUCCUGGUGGCUGUUGUGCCGCUUUGUAUCUGGGAGCUGCAGAAGGAUAAGGUCGGGACGCACAACAAAGCCUGGUUCAUCGCCGGGGUGUUUGUUUUCCUGACCAUCCCCAUCUCUCUGUGGGGGAUCCUGCAGCACAUGGUGCACUACACCCAACCGGAGCUCCAGAAACCCAUCAUCAGGAUUCUGUGGAUGGUACCGAUCUACAGUCUGGACAGUUGGCUAGCCCUGCGCUACCCCAGCCUGGCCAUCUACGUGGACACCUGCAGGGAGUGCUACGAGGCCUACGUCAUCUACAACUUCCUGGUGUUCCUGCUCAACUUCCUCAGUAACCAGUACCCCAGCCUGGUGCUCAUGCUGGAGGUGCAGCAGCAGCAGUCGCACCUGCCCCCGCUGUGCUGCUGUCCCCCGUGGCCCAUGGGAGAGGUGCUGCUGUUCAGGUGUAAGCUGGGAGUGCUCCAGUACACCGUGGUCCGGCCCGUUACCACGGUGAUUGCGCUCAUCUGUCAGCUCUGUGGAGUUUAUGAUGAAGCCAACUUCAGCUUCAGGAACGCCUGGUCCUACCUGGUCAUCAUCAACAACAUCUCUCAGCUGUUUGCCAUGUACUGCCUGGUGUUGCUGUACCGAGCGCUCAGGGACGAGCUGACUCCCAUUAGGCCGGUGGGAAAGUUCCUCUGCGUCAAACUGGUCGUGUUCGUCUCAUUCUGGCAGGCGGUUCUGAUAGCGUUCCUGGUGAAAGUGGGCGUGAUCUCUGACAAACACACCUGGGAUUGGGACAGUGUGGAGGCUGUGGCCACCGGACUGCAGGACUUCAUCAUCUGCAUAGAGAUGUUUCUUGCUGCCAUCGCUCACCAUUACACCUUCACCUAUAAGCCCUAUGUACAGGAAGCGGAGGAGGGGUCGUGUUUUGACAGUUUCCUGGCCAUGUGGGAUUUCUCUGACAUCAGAGCUGAUGUGACAGAGCAGGUCCGGAAUGUCGGUCGUACGUUUCUGGGUCGGCCCAAUAAGAUGUACUUCGCCUCGGCGGCUCGCCCCGAACACACGGAGCACACCGGCCUCCUCAACGCCACCUCGCAGGACCCCCUGGCGGCCGCUGCCGCCUCCAUGCCCACCUCCCCUUCAUCGGCCGGCCGCUACCAAGGCUUGGGCCACACCCCCGCCCCCCACUCCAUCUCCGCCCCCGCAGGCUUCACCUCCUCCUCCUGGGACGAGGACAGCGGCUGCUCGCCUCCUCCACCGGGCAUCGGCCCCUAAAAGGUCGUGGACUCGCCUGAACUCGUCUACAUCAUCGUGAAAGGAAACUGUGAGGAGGUCGACUCCACUCUGAGGCGUAGAUGUUUCUGUUUCUGGUUUGGAUGAACCUGCAUCUGCAGAGCAGGUCUUGAACUCUCCUUCGGUCCUGUGGUGGAGUGUCCUUCAGAGUGCUCUGACCCUGCUAACUCACAAUAAACAGAACGUGCUUUCAUCUGCUUCA